AUGGGCGAGGAAACACAACUUCAACCACAAUCCCUAACCGGAACUCAAAUUGAACCGCAAUCUCAGCCGCAGCUUCCGCCACAAACGGCUGUUUCGGUUUCUUCCGAUCACAUCAUCGACGCUAUUAUUCCCGUCGAGUCCGAACUCAGCAAUGUUCCUCCACACACCAAUUCACCGGCGACCAAGAUCCCCCUCCGUCCUCGAAAGAUCCGGAAAGUCUCACCGGAUCCGACGUCUUCCGAAUCGCAAACGGAAAUCCCUAAACCAGUCAAUUCCGGUGGGAAAUCGAAAGCGGUUCAACAACAGCGAGCCAUAGCGCUUCCGAGGAUUGUUGCUAGGUCGCUUUCGUAUGAAGGUGAGGUUGAGAUGGCGAUUCGUUACCUUCGUACUGCUGAUCCACUUCUAUCGCCUCUCAUUAACAUUCAUCAACCACCUACUUUUGAUAGUUUCCAUACACCGUUUCUCGCCCUGACUCGGAGCAUUUUGUAUCAGCAACUCGCGUUUAAGGCUGGGACUUCAAUUUAUACGCGAUUUAUUGGUCUCUGUGAGGGAGAAGGUGGCGUUGUUCCGGAGACCGUGCUUCGUUUGAAUCCUCAACAGCUUAGGCAAAUUGGGGUUUCUGGGAGGAAGGCGAGUUAUUUACAUGAUUUGGCUAGGAAGUAUCAGAAUGGGAUACUUUCUGAUUCAGCUAUUGUAAAUAUGGAUGAUAAGUCGCUUUUCACUAUGCUUACUAUGGUGAAUGGGAUUGGGUCUUGGUCUGUUCAUAUGUUUAUGAUAUUCUCGCUGCAUAGACCGGAUGUUCUUCCUAUUAAUGAUCUUGGUGUUCGGAAAGGGGUGCAGAUUCUUUAUAAUCUUGAUGAUUUACCUAGGCCGUCUCAGAUGGAGCAGUUGUGUGAGAAGUGGAGGCCUUAUCGAUCUGUUGCUUCGUGGUAUAUGUGGAGGUUUGUUGAGGCUAAGGGGACUCCUUCGACAGCUGUGGCUGUUGCCACUGGGGCUGGCUUGCAGCAGCAUCAGAUGGAGCAUCACCACCAACAGCAGCAACAGCAGCAGCAGCAGCAUCCUUCGCAACAACAGCUUAUGGAUCCCAUGAAUGGCAUGUUUAAUAUCGGGGCUGCCUGCGCUUGGGGACAGUGA